GAAGAAGAGUGGCGCACACAAUGCACUGCACGGCUGACAAGGGUUGUGUCUCCCUGAUUUUCACGAUAAAUUUCCAAUUCAGUGGAAACUUGUGAAAGCGCAGCAGCGGCGCCGUUCGCUUUCUCUCUCUGUAUAUCUGCACACUGGAUUUAGCGAGAAAAACCAACCGGAGACGUCGGCGAGCGGUCCAACUUCUCCCAAACAUUGGAUUACACAGGCUGCAUCCAGGAGCUGCCCAGCCCAACGGGGGCUUGGCCGACACCCUCGUUUAUGGAAAUCGACACCGAGGCUUUGAUAUUUGGGCCUCGGUUUUUUUCUUUAUGAUGGAGGUGGAACGAAAGAAGAGUUGCGUGUGAAGACGCGAGAUAUUAUUAUUCUGUGAUUCGUAGUGAAAAAAAAGAUCUUCCGUAUUCUUUCUGCUUCCUUUAAAAAAUUAAAAAAAUAGAGAGAUUGUUGGUAAGCUGGCUAACAGCUGGAUCGGCUAGCAGCUAGCCGGGGUGCUAACGUUACGUCUUUCUUUUGAUGUGAUGCGAAUUCAACCAUUACUAUCGGCCAUCAACAUCUCGACAGCCGGAAAAUUCGCUCUCCAGGCUUCGGGAUAAUAGUUAGCUGCACGGUCAACUACCCGGCUUGUCGGUGUUUGCACACAAAUUUUAAGAAUAUAGUUUUAUUCUUAGCUCGUUGGCUGAAUAUAUUGUAAUGUAUUGAGUUGUACAUGCUAACCGAAUGAGCUAAUUGGCUGGAGUCAACACUGACCUAACCUUAGCUAGCAGUAAAGUCAACCAGACAACUCGUUAUACUCCUUAAUUUAGGCGUAAUUCACAGCAGCUGUCAACAUUAAUAUGUCAAAUUUAACAAUAAUAUGAAAAGAUGUCACGGCCACCGGUGUGUUAAUGUCUGUUAUCUGGGUUAUUGGCCUUGCUAACUUGCUAACAUUUUGCUAACAGGCAAAUAAAUUUGUCAGCGUGUGCAGAAAUUUAAGGAAAUUCCUAAUUUCGUUGUGUUGAGCAAUGCCAACACUGACGUGAUUUUCAUUUUGUAAUCCGCUCGAUUUAUCCUGCUUUGUCUGUAACGCGACUAGAUUUGUGUCUUUUUUGUUUAUAACUUAUGUGGUUAUCGGUUGGAUUUCUCGCUAGCUAGCUAGCUAAUGUUAGCCGUCUGAGAGACACAAUCAGCGAUGUCCUGACAUUUGUGUUUUGUCGUGGAUGUUUCAAAUUCCCGUGCGGAUCUGAGUUUGUGUAUCUAGAUUAAUUGAAAUGACACUCAAAUUUCGCCGAAAGAAAGGCACUGAUGCCAAUAGACUGUUGUCAGAGGACGGUAAAUAAUAGCCACUGGUUCCAUUAACGCCAUUUUAACAGGGGCUCCCUGCGAGGGCCUGUGUGGUGGUGUUUUAUUUGCGGUUCGGUGCCUUCCGCCGGACCUGGACUUGAAUAAAGUGCCUUUGGUCUCACUGGAGUUACAAAAGGAGGUGAACAUGGAGGGCCCGAGCCGAAGCACUGGAUUCAGGCAGAGCCGACGGUCCCGUUCACAGCGCGACAGGGAGCGGCGGAGGAGGCGAGUGGACCUGGCCGAGGAGCAGGCCACAUCCCUGUCCUCGGGCUCCGAUCGGGAGGCUUGUGGGACAAACAGUGUCCUGGGUCCCGGUGGGAGAGAAUGCCGGCCCGGAUUUGGGAGACACAGGCCUCCACGUCGGAGGAAGAGGGAGUCGGUGUCCUGCGAGGAAGACAUCAUUGACGGCUUCGCUAUUGCGAGCUUUAUCAGCUUGGAGGCACUGGAGAUGGACUGCUCUCUGAAGCCCAGUCAACGCACUGAUAUGCUGGGAAGGAGGAACAAGGGGAAGAGAGGCCCGGAGGAGAACGGCGGCGGGCCGAUGUCGGAGCCGGAGGAAGUGGCCCCUCACAGCUACCCCAGCAGCUGUUGGAACAAGAGUAGAAAUAAGAGGAGAAAGAUCGAGGGGCACCCUUUGGAGACUGGUUACAUUUGUGACACAGAGAGUGAUACAGGAGACAAGGCCUCAGAUAACGACAUGGAUCCAGUGUUCACAGUGAGCACUAGAAAAGUCGUGGAUCCUGCCCCUUCAAACAUGGGCACAUCCAUGGGCAAAAGCUGCCCGCCUCUACCGGCCCGUUGUGGCGGGGUCUCGCGGCUAAUGGUGACCCCGCGAGUAUCCGGCCUGGAGCGAAGUCAGGAGAAAAGCCUGGAGCCGCACUUCCCAGAGCCUGUUUCUUCUACCUCUACUGUCCCCUUUCCAUGCCUGCCUUCCCACUCCCCAGUCUCAGCCUCAGGCACGGUCCCCCGGCACAACGGCAACAGCAGCCACCACAACGGCAGCCCUCCGCUCUCCAAACCCAAGCCGUUCCUCACUUUGUCUGGACGAUCUCACUCCAUCUACAACAUCAACAACAGGAGCAGCACCCCAGUCAAGCCUCCAUCAUCUGCUUCAUCUGUUGCGUCUUCCUCAUCCUCCAUGCGCCCCCCGACUCCUUCCACCAGUGUGUCUCUGUCCUACAUGAGGGGCUCAGGAACCUCAGGGCCCCUCCGACCCCCGUCCCGAGCCAGUUCUGGGGCCCCGUUCACGUCCUCACCUGGCCUGCCUCCACCUCCACCUCUGUUACAAGGCCCUGCCCACUCAGCAGCAGCAGAGCGCGAGGGCCGACGCAGCGUCCCAGGGGCUGAAAACAACGCGGCAGCAGCAGGCCGCUCGACUCCCGGUGGUCCAUCAGCAUCGAGCUCUGCACCGGGCUCAUCAGGCCGCACGUCUCAGAACCAGCCGAGCAUCCCGCAGCUGGCCUUCCAGUUCCAUCAGCACAACCACCAGCACCAACACACGCACACGCACCAACAUUUCACGCCCUUCCUGCAUCCCACAGCCACGGCGCAGCCUCUGUUUGAUAAGUUUCCUGGCAAAAUGGACGGGCUGUACCGAAACCAUUUCUUCCCACAAUAUCCGCCGCCCUCAGUGCCGAGCAUUCAGCCUGUGAUUCCUCCCACUGGGCCUUUCAGCUCCUUACAAGGAGCUUUUCAGCCAAAGCCUCUUGUCCCUCAGGGAACCGGUCCCGAUAUAACAGCACGACUUGGGGUUGUGCCUCACCACCUGCAGCCCAAAGACCCCAGGCUAACUGAUCCAUUUGGGACAUCGUUGAAAAUCAGUAAUAAACCAGGAAAAUGGUGCGCUAUGCAUGUAUACGUGGCCUGGAUGAUCCUAAGCCAUCAGAAGAAAGUAAAGCUGAUGCAGGCUGAUCCGAACAAGCUGGACUUCCGUAGUGACCUGCUGGCCCGCUUCCCUGGUGCUGGGGGACUGGGCCAACUCGGCCCCAUGGGAGCAGCCCUGCCUCCCACUCAUGACCUGACCAGACCUCCCAGUCUGUUCUCCACAGGUGCAGUCAAUCCGUCCUCAGCUCCUUUCAUCUCUCCAUCAGCGCCGCACUCCUCUUUCCUCGCACCGACUGCACACUUGGAUCCGUAUGGCCGAUCCCCACCCUUCACCCCGCUGGGAGCUCUGGGGUCUGGUGCCUUUGGAGGACUUGGCAGCCCAACAUUGGAUAAGACGAAGCCGGAGUUCUCUGCGUUGGGGCCCCGACUAUACUACCCUCAUUUCAAACAACGAGCAAGCUCUGUGUUUGGCCCUAAAGACCCACCACCCAGUGUGGUCGGAGGCUUGUCCACCCCCAACCAUCAUGACCCGUGGAACCGCCUACAUGGUGGCCCAUCUGGGUUCCCUGCUGGUCCCAGCUGGGCUAAAGGGGCAGACAAGAGGGACGAGAGGGACCGAGGGAAGGACGGAGAGAGGAGAGACAUCCCCCACAUCAAGGAUGAAAAAGACAGAGACAAUAUAAUGUAUGGCCGACAACCUGUGAGAAUGUCUCCAGUUGCCCCCUCCUUCAAGCCCCGCAGUAGCACCCCAGUCUCCCACAUUAAUGGCCACAGCAGUGGCCUGGGGGGAAGCAGUGGGCCUAUUGAGGACCUGACACGCAGCUUAAACAGAGACCGCGAGCGAGACAGGGAUGGGGACAAGAGGCCAGUGCCAACAGUGUCUUCAAGGGGGCCUCCUCUUGGCCCUUCAUCUUUAGUAGCAGACAGGGACAGACCCCGGUCUUCCUCCUCCUCUGUGCUCACUACUCCCCCACCCUCCAACCGCUCAGCAGCCUCUCCUUUGGACCUUUACCCCCGCCCACUGGCCCAGACAGCACACAGCCUCCACAGCGAGCCCUCGCACUCCCAAAGAGACAGUAACCUCCCUGCUUCCUGUGCAGCUUCUGCCUCUGUUACUUCUUUGUCUCAGGCCAAGAAGUCUGACCGGACCACAACUCCCGUCUCCAAAGCUCCGCUGCUUCUCCCGCCGGUUAAAGUCAAGGAGGAGCGGAAAGAGGAGCCGGAGCACAUCCCCAUCACCCUUCCUCCCCCAGUACACAGCCACGGCUUUGACCGCCCUAACAGCCAUCCACACCACCCCAGCUCUGGUACCCCCUCCUCCUCCUCUUUAUCACUGACUCCCACUCCUGGUGUUCCCCUCCCGCCACCCACUCCAAACCCUCCUCCCCACCAGCACCUUUCCCUUCUGGACCGCUCAAGGAUUGAGGCGUACCUGGGGAGCACAGCAGGUGCUGGGUUGGUGGUGGGCCCGGGAGGAGAACGUUUCUCCCAUGGUCCACAUCAAGGACCACCACAGGGUCCACAUAGCUACACCUGGGACCCCUGGAGGGACCUGGCAGCUCAGCAACAUCAGCAUCGUAGGGAAGCUUUGGCACUUCGGUCAGACCCUCACCUGGCCCUGCGAUCCGAUCCACACCUGGCUCGGCUGCUCCAGCAUCAGCGCCUUAUAGAGGCAGAACGGGUUGCGGCUGUAGCUGCAGCAGCAGCAGCCGCUGCCCCUCACCACCCUCCGACUUCUACCUCUGCUGCCUCCUCCUCUGCUGUUCGCCCAGAGUUUGGCCUGAUGGCUCAUCACUUCGACCGGCCUCCUCAGCUUGGACCCCCGGGAGGUGGGCUGAUGGAUGAGGAGCAGCGCGCCCAGAUCCUGAGGGAAGACUUUGAGCGGGCUCGCUACUUUGGGAUGCACCCGCACCUCCCUCAUGGCUCUCACCUCUCAAGCCCCUCUCAUGCUGCUACUGCCGCUCACCUGGAGCAGCUCCACCCCGGCCUUCUCGCCCAUCCUCUCCCUCCAGGAGCCUCCGCUGCUUCCCAGCACCACGCAGGCCUCUACUCCCGUCUGGGCCCGCUCAACGCGCACCACGUGCCCAACGGCAUCCUGGCAAAGACCGCUGCAGGCUUGGUGGGAGCUCUGUCGGUGGGGGCACCGCCUCCACUCAUUCCGUCCGUCACCAGCCGGUCGUCCACGCCCCCCCGCGGCUCUAGACUUGGAGGGCCGGGUGAGCUGGCACUGUACAGCGCCCACAAAGAUGGAGAGUCCAGAUAGUACAGGGACAACACUGGAGGAGAUUAAGGGAAAUGUCAGGAUCACUGUGCUGCUCUCAACCUGCCCCCUUUUCCUCUUGCAGACUACUAAACCCUGCCCUCCCAGUUACACAACCAAACCAGCUCCAGUCCACCCACUCUCCCCCCAGAAUAGGGUAACCGUGACUGGCUGGUGGUGAUGGUAGGGAGGGAAAUGCAAGACUCGGAUAUGCCCAACGGUUCUAUCAGUGCAAUUUAAAGGUACAUGGUAAUUGUGCAUCCUUGGUGUAUUUUUAUUUUAUACUGGCUGUCGGUUGUUACAGUUCUCAGUUUUGAAAACUGUAAGAAGAGGCAGAGGACAGCUUUUUCAUUUGUCAGGUGAAUUAUGAUCCAUGCUUUUAAGCAAGCCUUUUCUGGGUGGAUUGGAAAUGACUUCCAGACGGGGAUGUACACCUUGAAGACGUGUCCAGGGUUCAUCCUCAGCUUGGUUAACUUAUGGGAUAUUUUGAAGCCCUCCUCUGCAUAAAUCAACCCUGCUUAGGUAUUGUGGAUGAGGGUUUUUAGAAAUACAGUGGUAAAGUGGUGCUCUCUGUUCUGUUUUUGUGUCUUUUUGUCAUUGUGAAGACAGAUUUUGAUGAGACCAUUUAAUUAAGAUCAGUAAGCAUCGUACCUCAGUUUCCUGCUUUACCCAAAAAUCUAACUCCAAACCCUCAGCUUCACUGAGAAUGAGAUUCAACCUUUUUUUGGCUUGUUUUUGUUUUCAAAGGAUGAAUGGCGAAAUGAACUGUGCUAUACUGUGUGAGUGAACACAGUAUUUUAGAGCUUCCUGUAACUGUUUCCCAAUCUCCUCUUGACUAUAUGAGCAGGACCAGAUUAUAGUAGUCUAGAGAAAUUGCCUUUGUAAUUAUUAUUCUUAACAUUAAUUAUCUUCUAUAAUAAUAAAUAUAUUCACUGUUAUGUUAUUUGUCAUUGUUUCGGGUAUCAACCAGUACUCUCUCCCCAGGUAGUAAUGUUUCAAAACAUGCAAAAGACAAAGCAAAAGGCUUGCUUCACAGAAAACUUUUUAAUGCUUGUGAACAUUAAGCCGUAUCCAUUGCAACCUCUGGCCUCUUUAAGGAUCUCAUCUAUGACUAUUAUGCUGAGAGGGAGGUUUGCCUGUGUGUCAUUGGUUGUGUGUUAUAUCCAUUUGGGACUAUGGGAGCCUUGUACAUUGAACUGUCGUUGUUUCAUCAACAAAAAUAAGUUAUAUACAUGGAUAAGUGGGACAUCUGCUGAAGAACUGAAAAAAAAAAUUUAAGGACUUGUGUCAAAGACAACUAGACAGUGGGUAUCCUGAGAGGGAAAAGACUGGGUCGAUUAUUUUAAUAUGACCAUUUUAUACCUUUCAAACCCCUCCCCUAGAGACCACAAAGAUUAAUUAUUAAAUGAAUUGUUGUUUA